UAAAGCUGAUUGGUCGGGAUGGGAAUCUUGCGACCCCCACUCAGCUACCUCUUCGUACUUACGUUGCUUUGUAAAUACAUUUACAAACAAUCUGUUAUUUUCGUUGAUGCGGCGCGUGAAAUAGUUGUAGGUAGCUAAAUUCGAUGGGUGCGGUGUUCAAGUAAGAUCACGCAUCAACAGGACUUGUGAAAAGCUGUAAAACCGGGUGGAAUUUACUGUCAGUUCGUGAAUGUUUAAUCCUGUGAAAACCUGCCCAUUUUGUUGCUACCAGUCAAGCGAGAGAGACCAGCCAGCCAACCGACAAUGUGGAAGACAAGGGGUCCUAAAAAAGCAACACCCCGUUAAGUGAAAACAGCUAUGAAACCAACCCGUAAAACCUAGGGGGACGAGGAACAGUUGACUUGACGUUUUGUCUUACCUGAACGGAUAAAUAACAUUCAACUUUGACUCUCGCAACCUUCGAGUAGCGUAUUCGGAGAACCAGAGAUAAUGGUGGCUCUCUCAUCGAUUUUAACGCCACUUGCUCGGCAUCUGCACAGACAUCUCAUCAAGCAAACUAAAGGUCAACGUUUGAUACCUGUGAGAAGAUGCAACCUCACUGUAUGUUCAAGCAAAUAUGUGCUUUCAGCCUUGCAUCCGAUGUGGCAGGGACCACUCGUUGCUCCUGGGGGUAACAGACAAUCUCCUAUUGAUAUUCGGGUGCGCAAGAGCGUCUUUGAUCCGCACCUCAAGCCGCUGACCCCGGAUUACGACCCCAGGACGUGUUCACAGAUAUGGAACAACGGGUACUCAUUCCUGGUUGAGUACGACGACACCACCGACAAAUCCACACUUAAAGGGGGUCCUCUGGAGGAUAACUUCCGGCUGUGUCAGUUCCACUUCCAUUGGGGGGAGAGCAACGCAUGGGGCUCAGAGCAUACAGUGGACCGCCGCCUCUUCCCUGCUGAGCUCCACAUGGUGCACUGGAACUCUAAUAAAUACAGCCGGUUUGAGGAAGCUGUGAUGGAGGAGAAUGGACUGGCUGUUAUCGGGGUCUUCCUCAAGAUAGGGAAGAGACACAAAGGACUGCAGAAACUAGUGGAUGCCCUACCUGCUGUCAGACACAAGGACAGUGUUGUUGAGUUCACUAGGUUCGACCCAGCCUGCCUACUGCCUACUAACAUUGACGACUACUGGACGUAUGCAGGGUCACUUACCACUCCUCCUCUGACUGAGGCAGUGACCUGGAUUAUCAUGAAGCAGCACAUCGAAGUCAGCCAUGACCAGCUGGCAGUGUUUCGGAGCCUGCUCUUCACCUCAGCAGAGGAGGAGGUGCAGAAGAGCAUGGUCAACAACUUCCGCGUGCAGCAGCCCCUGAGGGGUCGCACUGUGCGGUCCUCUUUUACCCCCUUCCUGCAGCAGGAGCCACCUGCAAAAGGUCCACACACAGGCCACUGACCGGUACACACAGACUCACUAGGACCCUUCAAACAAAAAUUAUGCAAUUACCCUGGGAAGCAAAUUUUUGGGUCUAACAAAGUCUUACGUUUUACUCUACAUAAGUCAUACUGCUGGCAUCUUCUUUCCAAACGCUUUCACUUAAAUGACAGGGAUUUUAGAAUUCCAAUGUCAUCAUCUUAAGCUGUGGUAUUCAAAGUCAGGGUCGUGACCCCAAGUUAGGUUGUGUGGGAACUGCUGUGGGUUGGGAGAAAAAAAUGGGUAACAAAAAAUGAAGAAUACAGAUUAUUUUAUGGGACAAUAUAAAAAUGUUUUUGAGAAAGAUAAUUUGAAAAAUACAAUUUUGAGUAAGUGUAUUUGUUGGUUUCUUUCAUUUUGAUAAGAGAUAAAAAUGUAAUGAAUUGAAGGUUAUUUGUUGACGUAAAAAUCGAAAUGUAUCUUUUUUAAGGUCGUGUCAUUAGAUCUGGGGUGGGGUCGCGAGAAAUUCUUGCAAAAAAAAGGGGGUCCCCGCUGAAAAAGUCUGAAUACCUAUGAUCUAAAGGCUUUUUUUGUUGACAUCUGUCUCACUGCCUGCUGUCCUGUCAAUAAGUGAACGUCAUCAUCAACACAUGGCAGGUGUAUUGCUGUAGUCGAUGCUAACAGAUUUUUGAAACUCCUGUGUCUUAGGUAAAUCAGGUUAGGGAGUUUUUUUAUGAAUGCUCUGAAUGUUUUUAAGUUGUAAACCUUAUUUAUUCACUCCUUAUUAACAGUCAAACUUGACACGCUUCCAGAAACCAAUGAUUGAUGCUGCUGGAAUACUUUUAUAUACUAUCAACACUUAUUAUGUAAACUAAGCAUAUGUAUAUCACCCUCUUGUGGAAAGAGUACUUCUACAGUAAAUUUUAUUCUUCCUUGACAAAGUAUUUGAGGUGAAGGGGCACCAUAUAUGAAUGGGGGUUUAGUUUGAAGGUUUAAGCUCUAAACUUGUUUACAGCAUACAGCCGAAGAGAUUUAGUUCAUUGUAUUUAGGCCUAGCUAAGGCUCCAAACUGCACAAAUGAUUGUUGCUCAUUGCUGUUAAAUAUGUUUUUAGGUGAUGAUUGGCAUUUGUAAUGGAUUUUAAUACAUAGUGUUGAGUAGACUAGAAUGUACAUCUCACUAUCUGUAACUUAGAGGUAAAAUUAAUAAUAUGUGCAGGAUCUACAGCUUCAUAAUGCCUUAUAAGCACAGGGAAACCAGGGCAUUUGUUACAACUAAUAUCACUAUUUUGUUGAAUUCUAUAGCAAACAUUGACCUUUUUAACAUGAGUGUCUAAGAUUAUUUUUGUCCUGUAAUCAAAUUGUUCUGUUGUACUAAACAGGAAUCUACCAUA